UCUGAGAAUUUUGCUGUGGAACGCGCACAAAUGAUGAUACAAAAACUUUUUUUAUCAUGCCUUUAAAAUUUAACUUUCUACCAUCCAAUUUUAUAUUUAUUAUUUUACGAUUUUAACUUUAACCCUUUUAAAAUUUACCCGAAUUACGCAGUUUAAACAAGAAUCACCGAUUGUAUAUAAUUUUAUUUUUUCCGCAAUAUCAUCAACUCUGUAUAACGGGAAAGCGUUAAUAGCGCAAAAGAUUAAAGUUCAUUAGCUUCUAGCUUUCUAAAAAUAUUAAAUGUACAAAACACUUUAGACCAAGUACCUAUAUACUAAUCUGAGUUUAAUACAGUAUAUCUACUGUAAAUUUAAAGGAUAAUAAUUUUAUCAAGAUGACUGAUUUAUUAAAAGAUUUUAAAAGUGGGCCUUUGGAUGUUUAUAGAAAAAAAGCAUCAUUUGAUUGGAAAAAAUUGAAGAUAUUCCUGGAUACUGAAGAAGGUGUAAAAUAUGAAAUCGAAUUUUAUAAUGAACUUGAAAAAUACAAGGAAUUCAAAAAUCAUGAUAGUAUACAUGGUAUUUCGUUUGAUGAAGAAAGAAGAUUAGCAUUACAUCAGUGUUUUGCGUAUAAAUCAAUUAGAUUGCAUUCGCUGGAAUAUCAACUUGGAAAUUUAAUUUUUCCUUCGAUUUCUAAUAGAAUCGCCACACAAUUUCUUCCUUCCGCAGCAAUAAAAUAUAAUGUUUCGAUAACUUUAUUUGUCAAUGCUAUUCGUUCCUUAGGCACUGAAAGACAUUACCACUUUUUAGAUGACGUAGAAAUGGGAAAUAUUACAGGCUGUUAUUGUUUGACUGAAAUAGGUCAUGGGAGCAAUGCAAAGGGCAUGAGAACCACUGCAUCAUAUAACAAAGAAAAGAAAGUUUUUAUUCUACACUCUGAGAAUUUUGAAGCAGCAAAAUGUUGGGCUGGUGGUUUGGGCCAAACAGCAAGCCAUGCUUUGGUUUAUGCGCAAUUGAUAACCGGUGAAAGAAAAUAUGGACUACAUUGUUUUGUAGUUCCUAUCAGAGAUCCCAAAUCUUUACUGCCAUUUCCUGGUAUAAUUGUUGGGGAUAUGGGUGAAAAAAUAGGUCUUAAUGGUGUUGACAACGGGUUCUUACUAUUUAAUAAUUAUGAAAUACCUCGAGAGAAUUUACUAAACAAAUUAGGUGAUGUAAGUGAAGAUGGACAAUACAUUACUCCCUAUAAGGAUCCUAAUAAAAGACAUGGGGCUGCUUUAGGAAGUCUUUCUGGGGGUAGAGUAUACAUUACUGGGAUGUGUGAGGCUUAUACUACUCACGCAUUAACUAUUGCUAUCAGAUAUGCUGGUAUACGUAAGCAGUUUGGUCCUAAUGAACUUACCGAAGUGCCGCUAUUAGAAUAUCAAACGCACCAAUAUAGGCUACUACCGUAUCUAGCAGCUGCUUAUAUUCUUAGAAUAUUUUCUCCAUGGUUGAUUACAGUUUUGUACCAGUUUUCCAUAGAUGCGAUUAUGGGUAAUGAUAAAGAAUUACAGGCUCAACAAGGCUUAGAGCUACAUGCUGUAUCAUCAGCUUCGAAGCCUGUCGCUGGUUGGAUUGCAAAACAAGCAAUUCAGGAAUGCAGAGAGGCUUGUGGUGGACAUGGUUACUUAAAAGCUUCCAGGAUUGGAGAUAUUAGGAAUAAUAAUGAUGCUAACUUAACAUAUGAAGGAGAAAAUCAUAUUUUAAUUCAACAAACCAGUAACUGGCUACUGAAAUUCUGGCCAUUAAUAUUAAAUAAAAAGGAAAUUUCUUCUCCUCUAAAAUCUGUAAAUUUCCUAGGCGAUAGUUUGAAUAUAUUACAAAAAAAUAAAUUUUCUGCCACAUGUAUUGAAGAAAUGCGUUCACCAGAUAACAUUAUAUCCACUUACCAAUGGUUGGUUGCUUAUUUAUUAAGAAAAACCCAUACAAAUUUGGAAAACAGCAUGAAAAGUAAGGAUGUAUUUUGGGCCAAAAACGAGAAUCAAGUAUUCAAUGCGAAGAAUUUGUCGGUCGCUUUUAUAGAGCAUUUUAUGUUGCAAGUUACCCUAAGUAAAAUAAAAGAGGCUUCAGAAGAAUCUGUUAAAAACGUUCUCUUAAAAUUGUUUUCUCUUUUUGGACUUUGGUCGCUGGAGAAACAUGUUGCUUCCCUAUACGCAGGUGAAUAUGUAUCAGGUCCACAAUUUGUAACUCUGCUUGAAAAUUCAAUACUGAGAUUGUGCUCAGAUCUUAAGGAUGAAGCUAUUGCAUUGAUCGAUGUAAUUGCGCCACCCGAUGUUGUUAUAAAUUCGGUUUUGGGUGCGUCUGAUGGUGAGGUCUACAAACAUCUGCAGUCCGCCUUAUUCAGCUCUCCUUAUGCGAUGAGUAGACCAAGCUGGUGGCAAGAAAUAAUAUCUUUGCGCGAAAAUACUGUGCAAUCCAAGCUUUAAAAUAUUGUUUUACAUAUAUGGGAUUUUAUAAGCAAUAUAUUUUAUUUUUGAUAU